AUGGGGUUUUUGAAAAAGAUAUCUGAAGAAACACUGGCUCUUGUUAGGUUUUUGGGUAUGGAAAAAAAAUAUUCGAUCCGCGAAAUUGCGAAAAAGGCUAAAGUUUCUAAAUCGACUGUGGCACGAUAUUUGAAACCACCAAAUGAGACCAGACAGAAGUACAGCAAAGGCGCAAAUAUGGGGCGACCCAAAACGUUAUCAGUUCGUGAUGUCAGACAUUUAAAACGCAGUAUAACUAAGUUGCGUAAAGUAAAUCCGAAUUUUACAUUGAAAGAGCUUAUUCGUUUUAGUGGUCUUCAAUCUUCAGGAGCGUCUUACUCAACCUUCUACAGAGAGAUUAACAGCGCGGGAUUCAAAUACUUGAACGCAAGAAAGAAAGGGCUACUUAAUCAUCGCGAUUGUAGGAAACGGUACAAAUUUGGGCAAAAAUGUCGAAAAAUUUUGAAGAUUCAGCCAAAUUUAUUCCAUUCCAAAUUUAUUCCAUUCAUUUUACUUGGAUGGAGUGUCAUUUGUAUUUAAGCGACAACCAAUGCAAGAUGCAGCUGCGCCAAAGGGUAAAAUAUGGCGGACAAGGUCCGAAGGACUUUGAUUAACAAGUAAGGGUUCAAAAGACUUACCAGGGGGUAAACGAUUACAUGUUCUUGUGGCUAUUGCAUUCAAUAGAGGCGUUGUCCUUGCUAAAGAAUAUGAGCAUAUGAGUGGGGAAUACUUCAGUGGUUUCGUUAAGAGGAAUUUGUCCACACUCUUUACAGCCGAAAAUCAGCAAAAGUGGUUUGUUAUGGAUAAUGACCCUUCACAGAGAAGCAAAGUGGCUAAGAAAGCUAUAAACGAUUCUGAUGCAACAUUAUUUGAAAUCCCUGCGCGUUCGCCAGAUCUUAAUCCCAUCGAGAACUUAUUCCACAUAGUGAAAAAGCAGCGCGAGAGUCAAGCUAUCUCGGAGUGCAUAUAUCAAGAAACGUGGCCUGAAUUUAAAGCAAGAGUGCGUAAAACUAUACUCAAAAUAUCACCUACUUAUAUUAACAAUCUUUUAUUAAGCAUUCCCAAACGCAUUGAUGAUGUGAUUAAAUGUAAAGGAUUCAGAACAAAGUAUUGA